UUAGCUGGCGCAGUCAAGUAGAAUUCACGUCUGCGUGUGACUUGCAUUUUUCCUUUCGCAUAUUAUUUAAUGACUUAGUACUUAAAGUUUCUAAACGUGUUUUGCUGCUGCUGUCUAUUCUUAUUUCUUCGCAUUAGUUACGCGGACUGAUCAUACUUUAAAUAUAAAUUAAGACAAUGAAGAGCCUGGUUGUGCUGUUGGUGUUAGUGGCGGCGGUCAGUGCCGUCAGCUUCUUCGACCUCGUCCGCGAGGAAUGGAACGCCUUCAAGCUCGAACACAAGAAAUCGUACGAAAGCGAGACCGAGGAACGAUUCCGUAUGAAGAUCUACGCUGAGAACAAACAUAAGGUGGCGAAGCACAACCAGCGCUUCGAGCGCGGCCAGGUGACGUACCGCCUCGGCACCAACAAGUACGCGGACAUGCUGCACCACGAGUUCGUGCACACCAUGAACGGGUUCAACCGCACCGCCAAACACAACAAGGGGCUCUACAGCAAGGGCCGUGACUCGCGCGGGGCCACGUUCCUGUCGCCCGCCAACGUGGUGCUGCCGGAGCAGGUAGACUGGCGCACGCAGGGCGCAGUCACCGAUGUCAAGGACCAGGGCAAGUGCGGCUCCUGUUGGUCCUUCAGCGCCACGGGCGCGCUGGAGGCGCAGCACUUCCGCAAGAGCGGCUUCCUCGUGUCGCUGUCGGAGCAGAACCUCAUCGACUGCUCGAGCGCGUACGGCAACAACGGCUGCAACGGCGGCCUCAUGGACAACGCCUUCAAGUACAUCCGCGACAACCGAGGCAUCGACAUGGAGAAGACCUACCCCUACGAGGCCGUCGACGACAAGUGCAGGUACAACCCCAAGAACGUGGGCGCGGACGACGUGGGCUUCGUGGACGUGCCCGAGGGUGACGAGGAGAAGCUGAAGCAGGCCGUGGCCACCGUGGGGCCCGUCUCCGUCGCCAUCGACGCCAGCCAGGAGUCCUUCCAGCUCUAUGCUACCGGAGUCUACUACGACGAGAACUGCUCCUCCAGCAACCUCGACCACGGGGUGCUGGUGGUGGGCUACGGCACGGACGAGGAGGGCGGCGACUACUGGCUCGUGAAGAACUCGUGGGGCCGCUCGUGGGGCGAGCUCGGCUACAUCAAGAUGGCGCGCAACCGCGACAACCACUGCGGCAUCGCCUCGGCCGCCUCCUACCCGCUCGUCUGAGCCUCGCGGUGCGCACGACCACCGUCGGCCGUCUCACAUUCCUAGCGUUAAGUUAAUCGUUUUAAGUAAAAAUAUUCAAUAAACUUUUUAUCUGUCAUUAAUUCAUGUGAUAUAGAAUAAAAAAUAGAUAAUAAAUAUUUUAUGAAAACGA